UGUAAAUGAAUUACGAAUUAUACAAUACUUUGUCUUGUGUGUGUCCCUGUGUGAGGGUGCAUUGUAUCAAAAUAAGCCCGGUUUGGGAUUCAUGACAUGAGUAUAUCGCAUUUGUUUCAGCUAAUACUCUAGUUAAAAUAUUAAAUUAUUCUGUGACACCGGAUGAUGAAUUGGCCUCAGCUCCUGUGUCACAUGAUCAAGGAAUCGACAUCAAUUUUUAAUUUUCCCGGAAGUUAGCCAUGCGACUUGGGGGUGCACCGGCUCCGUAGACCAGAAACAUCGCAUUAUGGCCUCGCUCUGAGCCUCCUGAUGCGACAGUUGUGUACAUACCCAACCGGCAAUCCGUCACCAUCGACGCCUUGAUCAUGGACCUCCGGUCCAAAGGCUUUUUUCGGGGCUAUCGGAGUUGUCAAUAGUACUCCCUGAGUACUAUAUUAUUUGAUUUUUAGCACUGUCACUUUUACACGCCCGGGGAUUUAAACCGUAGUGACAGUAGUUGCAUUCACCCCAUCUGCCGGUUAGCUAACUAGCUCGCUAAGUCAAUAGCCAAGAAGGGAAGAACACUUUUCUUUUGGAGUAAAGGACAAGGAUACUGCAGCACCACUACUUUCAUUAACAGAGGACUGAAAAGAGGCUGAUUCCCUGAGUUCCCAUCUUACAUCACAUUCACUGUUGAUUCCUGAAAGGCUGGCAACACUCCGCCACCCUAAUGCAGAACCACAAAAGAACGUGAAAUGAACAAACCACCACAGCCUAUAACGGGACCCACCUCUGUCCCAAACCCUGCCCCAUCCCCUGGAUUGACACAGGCUGCCUACGGCCCUGGACAGCCACCUUCUCUCGUUUUUGCCACGCCUCCACAAAUGAACUCUGCGCCACAGCCAAGACAGUUUGCUGCAGGGCCCCGUACUUUACACCAACAGGGUGGAUACAGAGCAUUGCAGAAUUACUAUCAGAGCCGACCGACCAUGGCCACCAGUGCUCCGAGGGUGCAGACAAGUAGUGGCCCACGACCUGUCGGACCCGCUCAUGUCUACCCGCCCAGCUCCCAGAUGAUGAUGAUUUCCCAGCAGCAGCUGUCUUUCGCUAGCUCCCCUCAGGGCUACUUUAUCCCCUCUGGACAGUACCGGGCCCCAUAUAUGCCUCCUACUCAGCAGUAUUCCGUGACCAGCGGUACACCAGGCUUCUAUCCAGGAACUAGCCCUGCUGAAUAUCCUGCUUAUGAGCCCUCUCUUGCUGCGAGGGAGAGGCGGGGUGGUGGGGGGAGAGGGGGCGGGCGAGAGAAUGGCCGUCUCUCUCUCCACGGUGCUCCUCUCACCUCCCAGCGCUACCCUGCUGGAGCGUACUAUCCAGCUCAGCCGCAAUACUCUCCGUCUGUCCAGCCGGCACCAGUCAUGAUCAACCCCGCCCAGCAGCAGCAACAAGCCCCGCCUCCUCAGCAACCACCGGCACAGUCACAAGGCCCACCAAAGAGGGAACGUAAACCGGUAGUGUGUCACAACAAAAGGCCAGCACUCCUCUUGUCUGAGAUAAGAAUACGAGACCCCAACCAGGGCGGGCGGGAUAUUACAGAUGAGAUCAUGUCAGGUGGAAGGUCCACCACCACACCGACUCCCCCACAGGCAUCCAUAGCAGAUGGAAGUCCGGCACAGACAAAUGGGGAAGUUACACAGCCUGUCACUACAGUGACAAGAAGAGAUGAAGACAUGGAGCCUCCUGCUAGCGGUGAAACCCCACCACCUCCUUCCACAGCAAAUACAGAGCCUGUGGUGGAGGCCAAACAGGAAAUGGACAACCAGAUUACACCACCUGCUGAGUUAGCCACACAUUCUGUAGCCCCUGCAGCUGCUACUGAGGUGCCAUCCGCAUUGAUAAAGGACCAACAGUCUUCCUCUUCUGUCUCUCAAGCAGCAGAAUCUACUACAGCUCCUGUUGAGGCAGUAAAUAAAGUUGAUGCUGAAGUUAGUGACACAGUAGAUGCUGCUGUUGACUCUUCAGCAUCUUUAGCAGCGCAAGAGGCGCCUGUCAAAACGGAGGAAGCACAGACUGCUCCAGAUGAGAAGGCACCAGAAAAGGAAGAAAAAACUGAGGAAGUGAAGAAAUUGGAGAAAGAGGAGCAAGUAGUCGACGCAAAGUUGGAACCUGUAGUUGAGGCUGCAGCGACAGUUACCCCUGUUAAUGUGGUGAAAGAAGAAGCUGCUACGACGACAGCAGUUGAUGUCUCUCAGCCUCCACCCUCUGAACAGGACGCUGCUGCUCCACAGACCCAGAGUGCUACCCCGAGCUCUGCCCCUGAACCUGAACCCACACUGGCUGACACAGCAGAGCCUCCUCUUUCCAAUGGUCUUCCUCAGGACACUGAGGAACUCUCUGAGGAACUGGCAUUUUUAGACACUACACCCCUUGACAAGCCUGAUGCCGCCAAAUCUCAGGAAUCCACAACUGUGGCUAAAACAGCACAGGAAGAGGAGGAUAAGGAAGAGGAAAAUAAGGAGAAGGACAAAGGUGUGGAUGCCGCUCCCUCCACUGUUAGCUGCCCUCCAGAGGAAUCUACUAUGCAAGCUGCUACGUCUGUGCCAAAGAAGAGGAUGAACAUGAAGGAGUUCAACAAGAAGGAGGCCAUUGGUGACCUCCUGGAUGCCUUCACAGAGGAGCAGGGUGCCAAGCCUGCUUCUGAACCCUCAUCCACUCAGGCCGACCCCACCCCCGUUGUUCCAGUUGAACUUUCUCCUGAGGUUGCAGAUGAGACCUGGGAGGAGAAAGAGGACAAGCAAAAUGCCGAACCUGACAGGCCUAAAGCCACUGCUGAGCCAACUGGGCAGAAAUACCAGUACAAAGAAGAACAAUGGAAGCCGAUUGACCCAGAAGAGAAGAAACGGUACGACAGGGAGUUCCUCCUGGGCUGCCAGUUUGUUAGUGCCAGUAUGCACAAACCUGAAGGCCUGCCCCUCAUCAGUGAUGUGGUCUUGGAUAAGGUGAACAAGACUCCGCUGCGGCCUGCUGAUCCAGCUCGACUGAUGAAUGUUGGUCCUGAUUUUACUCCCUCGUAUUUGGGGAACCUCGGGAGCAGAUCUGUUGGAGGACCACGAGGCCCUUUGCCUGGGCCACGUCGCUCUCAGCAGGGUCAAAGGAAAGAACCCAGGAAAAUCAUCAGCAGCAUGUCCCUCAGUGAUGAUGUGCAGCUCAACAAGGCUGAGAAGGCCUGGAAGCCCUCGACGAAGAAGCCUACUCGCAGCCGCGGCGGGGAGGAAGGUGAAGAAGAGGAUCCCGAACAUGCCAAGACUCAAGAGCUGUUCAAGCGUCUGCGCAGUAUCCUCAACAAACUGACCCCUCAGAAGUUUCAAGAGCUGAUGAAACAGGUGUCAGACCUGAUGAUAGACACGGAGGAGAGGCUGAAGGGAGCCAUUGAUCUCAUCUUCGAGAAGGCCAUCUCAGAGCCCAACUUCUCUGUGGCCUACGCCAACAUGUGCCGCUGCCUUAUGGGGUUGAAAGUCCCCACCUCAGACAAGCCAGGACUUUUUGUGAACUUCCGCAAACUGCUGCUCAACCGCUGCCAGAAAGAGUUUGAGAAGGACCAGGAUGAUGAUGAAAUCUUUGAGAAAAAGCAAAAAGAGUUGGAGGCUGCCAAAGACGAAGAGGAGUGUGAACGCUUAAGAGUGGAGCUGGAGGAGGCCAGAGACAAGGCCCGCCGCCGUUCACUGGGCAACAUAAAGUUCAUAGGUGAGCUCUUCAAGCUGAAGAUGCUGACAGAGGCCAUCAUGCACGACUGUGUAGUGAAACUACUGAAGAACCACGACGAAGAAUCUCUGGAGUGUCUCUGCAGGCUGCUCUCCACAAUUGGCAAAGACCUAGACUUUGAGAAGGCCAAGCCUCGCAUGGAUCAGUACUUCAACCAGAUGGACAAGAUCAUCAAAGAGAGAAAGACCUCAUCCAGAAUCCGCUUCAUGCUGCAAGAUGUCUUGGACCUCAGAAAGAAUAACUGGGUGCCUCGUAGAGGAGACCAGGGUCCUAAAACGAUCGACCAGAUCCACAAGGAGGCAGAGAUGGAGGAGCACAGGGAACAGAUCAAAGUCCAGCAGCAGCUCCUGUCCAAGAAAGAAGGAGGAGGCAGGAUGGGAGGGAGCAUGGGAGGCCGGGGCCCUCACACACCGGGAGGUGGCAGGACCAGCCAGCCUCAGGAUGAGGGAUGGAACACCGUCCCCAUCUCCAAGAACAGACCCAUUGACACCACCCGCCUUAGCAAGAUUACGAAGCCUGGUGCUCUGGACUUCAACAAUCAGCUGCUGGCUCCAGGAGGAAAAGGCAUGUGGGGUAGUUGGGGCAAAGGCAGCAGCGGAGGAAGCGGAGCUAAACCAGCCAGUGGAGAGCAGGAUUCUGGUCGCACCAGCACCCUCAACCGCUUCUCAGCCCUGCAGUCUGGAUCUUUGUUGUCUUCAGCGGACUCUGAUCGCAGAGUUCCUCAGAGGUCAAGCUCCAGCCGUGACCGUGGUGGUGACAGAGACAGGGGUGACCGGGACAGGGAUCGGUUUGACCGAUUUGAUCGCAGUGAGGGACGACAAGGCCGUGAUGACAGGGGCAGCCAGAAUCAAAUCACCAAGAGAAGCUUCAGCAGGGAAUCCCAGGAGCGUGGCGGAAGGGGCGGAGACAGCCGGGCCUCAACUGAGCCCGUGCGUCGUGUUGCCAGCAUGACCGAUGACAGGGACAGAGGAAGUCGGGAUAGGGGAAGCAGAGACCGAGGAAGUCGGGACAGGGGUCCAAACAAAGAUGUCGCAGUUAAGCGUGAGAGCGCCCCGACUCCUCCUCCUUCUCUUCCAAAACCUGCCUUGACUGAAGAGGAGGUGGAGAAGAAGUCGAAUGCCAUCAUUGAAGAAUACCUCCACAUCAAUGAUUUGAAGGAGGCAUUACUGUGUGUGGCAGAACUCAACAGUGCCUCACUCCUCUAUGUGUUUGUGCGGAAUGGCGUGGAGUCGACGCUUGAGCGCAGCACCAUCGCGAGAGAGCACAUGGGCCUGUUGCUGCACCAACUUGUGAAGGCAGGGACUCUGCCCAGACAGCAGUACUACAAAGGACUAGAAGAGACCCUGGAGGCUGCAGAGGACACAGCCAUUGAUAUACCUCACAUCUGGCUCUACCUGGCUGAACUCAUUACUCCUAUGCUCCAUGAGGGUGGCAUCCCUAUGGGGCAGCUCUUCAGGGAGAUCUCGAAGCCUCUUGUGCCUCAAGGGCAGGCGGGCGUGCUGCUGGUACAGAUCCUCAAGUUGCUCUGCAAAGGAAUGACCCCUAAGAAGGUCGGGGCCAUGUGGACAGAGGCUGGGCUGAACUGGAGUGAUUUCUUGCCUGAGGAUGAAGACGUGAAUAAGUUUGUCACUGAGCAGAAAGUGGAGUUCACCACAGGAGAGGACAUGGAGUCAAGGGAAACCGGUAAGAAGAAGGUCCUCACUGGAGAGGAGCUCAGCAGUCAGCUGGACAGACUCCUGCAGGACAAGGCCAACAACCAGCGAAUCAGAGACUGGGUUGAGGCUAACUUGGACGAGUCACAAAUUGCAUCCAACCAGUUUGUACGAGCGUUGAUGACAUCAGUGUGUCAGUCUGCCAUCAUAUGUGACAACCCAUACAGGGUUGAUGCACAGCAGGUCAGCCAGAGGGCCACCCUGCUGCAGAAAUACCUGUGUGACGAGCAGAAGGAGCUGCAGGCCCUCUAUGCCCUCCAGGCUCUGAUGGUGCACAUGGAGCAGCCAGCGAACCUGCUGCGGAUGUUCUUCGACACCUUGUACGAUGAGGACGUCAUUAAGGAGGAGGCUUUCUACAAAUGGGAAUCCAGCAAGGACCCCGCAGAGCAAACGGGAAAAGGCGUGGCCUUGAAAUCGGUCACUGCCUUCUUCACCUGGCUCCGUGAGGCUGAGGAAGAGUCUGACAAGGAAUAAAAGACUGGACCGAAAGCUGUCGUCCCUCCUUUUUGGCAAGUUAGGGGCUCUACGAGCAGCUGUGGAGAGUCACGGACAAUAUUGCCAGAGAGAGGAAGACUCAAAAUCAAUCCUCAAUGAGGAUAAAUCUUUAUUAUGUUUUCUUUUUCUUUGAGGGAUGGACUCAGAAAACAAUCAUUUCUCUCUACCCUCCCUUUCUCGCUUCCUCAUUAUUUCCCGACCCGCUCGUGACAGCAAGUGUCCUCGUCAAAUUAACUUGAAAACUGAUUCAGCAGGAUUGCUUGUUAACAAGGUGUGAAGUAUCCCACAUCACUACGAAACUUCUCCUUUUUUUGUCACAGUAACACGAAACCAACAGGCUGCUUUUUCUUUUUUCUUUUUUUUUUUUUUUCUUUUUUUUUUUUUUAAAUGGUUCUAGAUAAUGAUGAUGCCUAUCAUCCCAUCUGAUCAAGAAUAAACAGCAGGACGUGUGGUGUAGUGGGUUAUCUCAUAACGUGGGGAUCGUCAUGCCAUCAUGUGUGUUCAAUCCAAACUAGGCUCUUAUGUCUUUGUCCUUAACUGGAGUGUGCAGCAUGACUGAAGUGUGUUUCUAUUAAUGAUACAGUGGAUGAAACGUUGAUACACGAACGUACAUCAACUAAUAGAUAUUCAAUGGAGUUUUUAAAGCAAAGGAUGUCUAUUCUCUCUUCCUGUUUCCCAUCAUGAACUUACAAAGGACAGAAACAUGGAGGACUGAUGUUGACUUUUGACCUUGACUACUAGGGGGUGGUCUUAAUGCUUCCUCUAAGCCAUCCUCUCCCAUCCCCAGUAGUGAACCACACUGACUGACUCAUGUUCUUUACCUCUUCUAUACUUAAACCUGAGCUGUCGUAGAGGACACUUAAUGACCCAAUCACCGUUAAAACUUGAAAUCUACAGAUAAUUGACUUGAUGAAAUAUAUAGUUAAGAAAAAAAAAAAAAACAGAAAUGAUCCGAAAGCCUUUUCUACUUUAAGUGGAAACUUAUUUCAGGAGCGUUCUGUAAAUAUAUAAUAAUAAUAAUGAUACUUACAAAAAAACUUUUUUUUCUCAGUUUUAUUUUUCAGAAAUGAUAAAUUGCUGAUGUAACUGCAGUGUGUCCUUUUCCAACAGAAACCACAGUUGUCCAGAUGCAGAGAGGUGCUUUAGAUAAUCCAUUGAUUAUUAGUUGUAUUGGAAUUUUGUAAAUAUUUUUUUUUUUUUUUUUUUUUUUUUUUUUGCUUUCUUUAUUUAAGAAAUUAUUGCUUCUUUUGCAUCGGAAACUGGAAAGAUGAGGUCACGGAACAUUGCAAAUAAAGGACUUAAGUUGCUGAGCAGA